UCGAAUACUGUGAUCGCACGCUGGCUCUUUCCUCGAAUUACCCGAUCGAUUAAGACUGUCAGCGGAGAUGAGACCUCCGGAACUCGACGAUCGAAGGAGCUUCUGUCAACCUGAAUCAGAAGCUGAACUCGACGGCAUAGUGAGCGACGUCGGAGUCAACAAUGGGCACAAUAGGAGCAACGACUCCCACCGUCAGAACGGACAUUCGAACGGUUUCGGGCAAAAACCCUCGGUCCUGCCCGUAGUUGAGGCUCGAUGGAAAAUUCUGCGACACAUACGCUCCCGCGACGUAUCGAUAAUCGUAUCGGAAACGGCGUCUGGGAAAACCACCGAGAUACCGAAGAUACUCUUCGAAGGCGGGUUCUGUGGCAAGUACUCGCAAGGAGGUGCUAUCGCGAUCACGCAGCCUCGCCGCGUGGCGGCAACCAGUGUGGCGCGGUACGUCGCCAAGUCCAUGAAGUGUCAGCUCGGUAGCCUGGUGGGCUACUCCGUGCGAUUCGACGACGUGACGUCGAACGAAACCAAAAUCAAGUAUCUGACCGACGGGAUGUUGUUGAGGGAGAGUUUAGACGAUCCUGAUCUCAUGCGCUACUCCACUGUGAUUCUCGACGAAGCUCACGAGCGAACCGUGAAUAGUGACGUUCUCUGCUCUCUGCUGAAGAAACUCCAAGCGAAGCGAAAACAAAUGAGCCGUCCCCUGAGGCUCAUCAUCAUGUCGGCCACGGUAAACCCCGAGAUCUACGUCAAGUUCUUCAAACUGCAGAGCGAAGACAUUUUCUUCCUCCGCGGCCGGCAGUACCAAGUACAAUUGAACUAUACGGCAGAAGUCCAGGAGGACUAUGUGAGCGCAGCGCUAGUGACCGUGCUGAAAAUUAUUCGCCUGAAGGACUCCGGAGAUAUACUUGUUUUCUGCACGGGUCAGGAGGAAAUCGAGUCGAUGGUCAAAAGUUGCAACGAGCUCGGCCGCUCUAUCGGCGCUGAUUUCAAAGCGAUGCCGUUGUACUCUGCCCUUCCUCAGUCGGCUCAAGAAAAGGUCCUGACACCCUUGCCCGACGGCGCGCGGAAAAUUAUAUUCGCAACCAACAUCGCGGAAGCUUCAAUUACCAUUCCUGGAGUGAAUUUUGUGGUCGACACGUGCCGAAUGAAAUGUCGACACUACAAUCCCACAACUGGCAUCGAGAUACUCCGGGUUGAGAAAAUUUCUCAGGCCCAGGCCUGGCAACGUUCGGGUCGCGCGGGACGAGUCAGUGACGGCGAAUGCUUUCGACUGAUAACGGCUGGUGAAUUCAAUGCCCUCAAGCAGUUUCCUGUUGCCGAAAUCCGGAGAUGUUCUCUGUCGAGCGUUAUAAUGAGUUUGAUAGCUUUGAAGCAAGACGUGAAGACGUUCGCCUGGCUCGAGAGUCCGCCGGAUGAAACGGUAAAACAAGCUCUGCAGACCCUCGCCUUAUUGGAAGCGACCAAAGUCGAUGAAUCGGACGCCCUCGUGCUCACGCGUUUGGGGUCUAUGAUGCGACGGUUUCCGCUCGAGCCUGCUUUCAGUCGUUGCAUUUUCGGGGCCAAAUCCCUAUCAUGCGUCGAACCGAUGUUGACCAUCAUUGCCAUGUUGAGUUGUGACGGGUCUCCGAUCGCCACAUCACGCAGAGGCUCAGACGACUCGACGCCCGUCACUGUGAGACAGUUUGGCACCAACGAGGGAGAUCUCAUUAUGUAUUUAAAUAUUUUCACUAAGUAUAAUCAAGCCGACGGCAAUAAGGAGUGGUGCGAUGCUAACGGAGUCAACAGAAAAACGUUGUGCAAUGUCAAAAAAAUCCGAUCGCAACUCCGAGACGUGUGCGGUCAGCUUAGCUUAUCUCUGACAAAAUCCACCAAUGAUAAUAUCCGACGCGCUCUCGUCACAGGCCUAUUCAGGAACAUCGCUUAUCGGGUGAAAGCGAAUCAAUAUCGGACCUUGGAGUCGAAGCGCGACGUUACAAUCCACCCCUCGUCGUGUCUGUUCCGACAGAAUCCCGAUGUCGUGGUUUUCACCGAGGUUGUAAAAACGAGUAAUUGCUACAUACGGAAUGUGACUCCUAUCGACAUCGAGUGGUACAAUAGCCUCGCACCGAAAGACUACACCCAGAAAUAUCCAAUUCCUUUGAGUUCCGAUGACUAAUAAGCGGGGAUGACGAUUACCUUCUGCCGGUCAGCUGUAG